UAUAAAAGGUAGCACUACAGGACUGGUCCUACAAUGCUAGUCGCGCAUGCGACGAGAGAAUCUUACUGCUAGUGUUAAGGGAGAUCAUUAGGAACGUGUCUCUUUUGGAACAGGUUCAAAGGCAGCAGAAUGGGUCUGUGGGACUACAACACAGUUAAAUAUCUGAAGAUUAGAAGCGUUAAACUGGCAUCCCUGCAAUGGAGUAUAUACGGAAUCAUUUUCAUAUCAAUCUGUGUCAUGCUGUUUUACUAUAAGGAAUACCAAAAACAUGAUAACCUUGUCAGCUCGGUGACCACGAAAAUGAAGGGAGUGGCAGUUACCAAUGACGACAGAUGGUACAGAAUAUUAUUGGAUGCCGCCGAUCACAGUGCUCUAUCACAGGGGAAGGACUCCUUUUUUGUUGUUACUAAUGCAGUAGUCACAGAGAAUCAAAGACAAGGCAUCUGUUCAGAGGGACCAGAAUCUGGAACAACAUGCAGCUCAGAUAAGAAUUGCACAAAGGGAUAUACUAACCCGAAGAGUAAUGGGGUUCAGACUGGCACAUGCUAUGAAUUCACAAAAACCUGUGAGGUGUUUGCCUGGUGUCCGACAGAGAAAAGCAGGGAUGCUCCCAAACCUGCUAUUUUUGGAUCAGCAGAAAAUGUCACCAUCUUUAUUAAAAACAACAUUGGAUUCAUUAACUUCAAUUACACAAAGAGAAACAUUUUGCCGGAGUUGAAUGAAACCUAUCUGCAAAACUGUAUUUUUAACCGAACGACGGACCCAUACUGCCCGAAAUUUCGCCUGCGAGAUAUUGUCCAAGAAGCCGGGGAGGACUUCACAGAAAUGGCUGUUGAGGGAGGAGUGAUAGCAAUACAGAUUAAAUGGGAAUGUAACCUGGAUUGGCUGCUUUCCAAGUGUGUCCCGGAGUACAGCUUUCGAAGACUGGAUGAGAAAAACAGCCACAAGACCCUAUACCCUGGCUUGAACUUCAGGUUUGCAAGAUACUAUAAACAGAACAGAGUGGAAGCGCGCACAUUGUUCAAGGUGUAUGGAAUCCGGUUUGAUGUCAUGGUGACUGGAAAGGUGAUUAAGACUCUUAGUUUGAACUCUGUUUAG